UGUCGUUAAUAAGAGGGAAAUAAUUACUGGUGACCUGUGUCAAAUUACUAGGUUAUCAUUGUGGUGUAUGCAUCGGCCUCAGGUGGUUUAGAGAAGCGUUGUUGUGCAGAGAAGCCGUACGUGACGCAGUCGCCAGUGUCCUACAGCAGACAGUCGGCCCGCCCACAGUUUGGAGGAGACAGACCGGAGGACAGCGGUUAUGUGUUAAACGGACGUCUGUUCCUUAGUGGAAUGGUGAUUCCCUCGUGCUACAAUGGUAGCGCGUCGCAGCGGUGGUUCGCAUUAUGUACAGCGCGGGUUUAGUUUGUGGGAAACAGCGCUCGACCUGCACGGGGGCGAUGUAAAGACGUCAGCUCAGCGUCACGCGCAUUCAACAUCUGUGUGGGUUCUCCCCCAAAGCAGCGAGAACUGUCGUGGCGACGCUCCCAAAGCAGCGACUACUGUCGUGACAACAGUCCCAAAGCAGCCACGACUGUCGUGACAACUCGCCCACUUAAACAGAGGCAUCUGUUGUGCCAAGUCGUUGGCGACUCCACGUGCGGCGGCACAUAUUAUAUUUGAACUCUAGACAUUUGCAGACCAGAGGCAUACAACGCCAUCCUCCAAAGCUACAACCAACCACAGUGCCGUUGGAUAAACGCCUCCGAAGCAGACGGUGGAUACCACAGCGUCCAGACAUCAAACCAAAACAAAGCAUUUCCUUUUCCUCCAUACGAAAAACAUUCGUAGCCUUUUUUCUACACUAAGAAUUUGUAUAAUUGUGAUCCCUACUUCCAAGCAUAUAUCAUUACGUAAUCUGUCAUAAUGGGUUCUGGAAUGGAAACAGUGGACGUAGUUGUGGUAGCCCUGUAUUUUGUCCUGGUGCUAGCCAUAGGUUUUUUUGCCAUGUGGAAAUCCAAUCGCAGCACCGUGAGUGGCUACUUCCUGGCUGGACGCUCCAUGACGUGGAUCGUGGUCGGUGCGUCACUCUUCGUCAGCAACAUAGGCAGUGAACACUUCAUAGGCCUGGCUGGCUCCGGCGCAGCAAGUGGCUACGCUGUUGGAGCAUGGGAAUUUAAUGCACUUCUACUUCUGCAGCUCCUUGGUUGGGUGUUUGUCCCUGUGUACAUACAUUCAGGAGUCUACACCAUGCCUGAGUACCUGUCAAAGCGCUUUGGGGGCAACAGGCUAAAGGUUUACUUUGCUUUCUUGUCUCUACUACUAUAUAUUUUCACUAAGCUAUCUGUGGACUUAUUUGCUGGAGCUCUCUUCAUUCAAGAGUCCCUGGGUUGGAACCUUUAUGUGUCUAUCUUCCUGCUGAUUAGUAUGACGGCUCUGCUCACCGUCACCGGCGGAUUGGUGGCUGUGCUCUACACGGAUUCACUUCAGGCAGUGUUGAUGAUUUGUGGAGCGCUGACCUUAAGCAUCCUUAGCCUACUCAAAGUCGGUGGGCUAGAAGGUGUCAGAACCAAGUACAUGCAGGCGGUUCCCAAUGUUACUGCCAUAAUGGCCACCGGAAACUUCACCUAUUCUCCUUCCUGCAGAAUUGAUCCUAAACCGAACGCGCUACGUCUCCUUCGGGGUCCUCUGGACGAAGACAUCCCAUGGCCAGGCUUCCUUCUGGGCCAGACCCCUGCAUCUAUUUGGUACUGGUGCGCUGACCAGGUCAUUGUUCAGAGAGUACUUGCAGCAAAGAACCUUGCUCACGCUAAGGGCUCUACGCUCAUGGCUGGAUUGCUCAAGAUCCUUCCCAUGUUCCUAAUAGUCAUUCCGGGAAUGAUCUCCCGCAUCAUGUUUGUGGACGAGCUCGCCUGCAUUGGGCCGGAGCACUGCGUAUCUGUGUGUGGCUCUCAGGCCGGCUGCUCAAACCUCGCCUACCCACGCCUGGUCAUGGCGGUGAUGCCCGUGGGGCUCCGCGGUCUGAUGAUGGCGGUCAUGAUCGCUGCCUUGAUGAGUGACCUAGACUCGAUCUUCAACAGCGCGAGCACCAUCUUCACCCUGGACAUAUACAAAACAGCUCGCGGUGAGGCUUCUCAGCGCGAGCUGCUGAUCAUGGGCCGCUUGUUCGUGGUGCUCAUGGUGGCGAUUAGCAUUGCCUGGGUACCUGUUAUCAUCGACAUGCAAGGCGGACAGACCUACCUCUACAUCCAGGAGGUCGCUGGCUACCUCACUCCACCGAUUGCAGCCCUGUUCCUGUUGGGCGUGUUCUGGAAACGGUGCAACGAGAAAGGAGCCUUUUGCGGAGCGAUGACGGGCUUCGCGCUCGGUGUCACGCGGCUGAUGCUGGCUUUUGCCUACCGCCAGCCUCGCUGCGACCAGCCGGACGAUAGGCCCGCUUUCAUCGUUAAAAUUCACUACAUGUACGUGGCUACCGGGCUUUUCUGGAUUACGGGUUUGGUGGUGGUGGUGGUCAGCCUCUGCACCCCUCCGCCAGAUGAGGAGCAGGUUCGCACCACCACGUUCUGGGGCGUCCGCAACAUGAAAACGCUUCCCGUAGAUGAGAAAAAGAGCCAUUGCGGUGCGGACGGAAGCCUGGAAGAAGAAAUGCCCCUAAACGUCAGAGAGGAGAAGUGUUCGGAUGGGGCUUCUGUCGUGCCUUUGAUCCCAUCCACUGACCCAGAGACACCAAGCACAGAAACAUCCCCCGUCACCACCCCUCCAGAAAGGUUUGACAGUGCAAAGAUGGAGAUGAUCAGAAAGGAAAGUUGCCAUGAUACUGGGGAGACCAGCAGGUUUGUGCGUUUACUGGAAUGUUUUUGCGGAUGUAAGGAGGAAGCACAGAGCCCAAAGCGAAACGUCCUGCAGGAGGAUGCCAGAGUCAUUGCAGAGAGGCUGUACGAGCCGCCUCAAAUCAAAGCUCUCCUCAACAUGGGUCUGCUCAUCAACUGCUGUCUGGCCAUCUCAAUGUAUGUUUAUUUCUCACUGUAGGUGAACUCUGAAUUAACCGAUGGGAACUGGCGUGGAUGUCGUUUUAUUGAGGUGGGAGUUGUGUGCGUAUUCGGUGGCUAUUAGCAACGGCUAAAUUGACAAGCUCUGUGAUAAUGUUUUUCGUAGCUCUCUAACAAAGAUCUGCAAGUACUCUAAUCAGUUAUUUUUAAUAAGGAAAGCUUUUCCACAUGAAAGCAAUUGUACUCCUUAAUGACUGUGAAGUUUAUUUGUGAUUUUUAUGUAUUCUAUUAACUUAAUAUUUGCCUUAUUUGACAUUUUUUGCCUUAUUUAUUGCCUCAUUUAUUAAUGUAUUUAUUUUUCUAUUUGGUGACCGUAGUUUGUAUGUAGUAAGUCAAAAAACAUUAACGUUAUGUUUGAGGACCUUUUGCGGUUUUGUGUGAGUUUUUGCCACUGAAUAAUAAAUUAUAUUAUAUAAUAUAUUAUUUAACAAUAUUAUUUAAGUGUUUGAUACAUUUUGAUUAAGCCCUGUUGUCAUUUCAAGGUUAUCAGCAAAUGACAUCACAAACAUACAUGUUGUUUUCCUGAAAAUAGUAGGUGGAAAUGUCCUCUUAUCUUCCCUUGGUAAAGUGUACUAUAACGAAGCACAACGAGUUGAGUGCUGAGAACAUUUACUUCUUUUUCUCUGCGAGACAUCACCAUUAUGUGGGCCCGGGUGGACGUAUGUCUGAGCUUACAGUCAUUAGCUGGUAUUUAUAUUUGUACCUGGUUUGCGGA